AUGAUUAAAGAUUCAGCUCUUUUUUUAUUUCAUUGUUCAUUUUUUAUUUUUACCUCAUAUGGGGUUUUUCAAUUCUUUAAAAUUUUUGACAAGUUUGGAUUUUAUGGUAAAACUGAUCCAAUUUUAGUAUUAAAUUUUUUAACUUUAUGGGGUCAAUUUUUUUUGAUUUUAUUUUUUGGAAUUUCAACAAUUGUUGAUUUAUUAAAUUUAGUUAAAUUUAAAAAAAACAACUAUUUUUAUUUUAUAGCAUUAAAAAUAAGAGAUGUUUUGUUUAGAUCCAUAAUAUUCCCAAUUUGUUUUGUUAUUUCAUCGUUAUUCUGGGGUAUCUAUGCAUAUGAUCGUCAAUUAAUAUUCUCAAUCGAACUUGAUUCAAUUUUCCCAAGUUAUUUAAACCAUCUUCAACAUACUUUACCAGGACUAUUAAUUAUAGUGGAAACUUUAAUUGAAAACCAUCAAUACCAUGCAUCACCUGUAACUUUACAAAAAUUAAAGGAAGGCCCAUCAAAACACCCCAUCGAAACCAUCACCCCAAUUACCUCGGAUGUCAAACAAGACGUUUCAAAUUUAGUUUUAUUUAUCUUGACAUAUAUCAGCAUCAUUGCCUAUACUCGUUAUACAAUCGGUCAUUGGCCAUAUCCAUUUUUAAAUGUAAUCCCAACUCACUCCAAAAUUAUUUUCAUUUUUACCUCUUCUUGUUUUGGUGUAAUGUUAUAUGCAAUUGGCAGAUUAAUAAACCAAAAGCGUUGGGGUGGUGAAUCAAUUUUUGUACCAAAAAAUUUUGUAAAAAAACAAUCAAUCAAUAAAAAAACAAAUUAA